CAUGGAACGCCUGAUGGUUCUGCACCCACCGCUCUGUAUUGCCGGUAAAGGUGGAUUUCCUUCGCAUGGCACUUUAGCGGUCCAAUGUUUUUUCCCAAUUAAGAGAGGGCCCAUCAGUCUUUUUUGGAAAGCUUAGUCACAACUUGAUAUUGCUUAUGAAUAUAUAACAACUCAUUUGCGGCGGACUGACCCUAUCAUCUCUUGAACAAAGAUUGACGUCAAACUUUCGUGACACCGAGACACUAUACACAAAGCUUUAAACACCAGAGGACAGUCAUUUCCUUUUCAAUGCUAACGAAACGUUAACUUGUGAAACAGAAGUCUUUCUUUCGGCGAGGCACGACAGCACGCUAUGGAGACGAACACGCUCAAAAACAGGGCUUCAAACUUAUCAGAUAAGAGAGCUGAUAAAGAGAAAGAUGAAUCCGAAAACUCUAAAGUUUUGUCAUCAGAUCGAACAGUAUGGAUUGUUUUCUUCUCCCUUCUCAUCGACCUCCUAGCUUUUACAGUCAUUCUACCGCUUUUUCCAUCAUUACUGGAGUUCUAUGCAAACAACAAGCAGGUAAAGUAGGACUGAUUCACUUUUUACGUUUCACGUUAGAUCUAUGCAUAUAUAUAUGAAGUCCUUGUUGAGUUCUUGUUUCACAGUUUCAUUCCACAUACAUUUACGGGGCAGUUAUGUUAUGGAAGGGAAAUUUUGAGAUACAGAUAACUGUUGUAAUUCCAAUUUGCAAGGUUUAACCUGAUUUUUUAGUGAAUUUUACCUAUAACUUACAGAGUUUCAGCUGUAUUUUGAGACUGGCUGGUUUUUCCUGUUUGUUUUGAAAUAAACACAUAUUGAUAAUUUAUUCAAAACUUCUCAUCGCUACUACAAUGAAAGAGGAAAAAGUGUCCAUGACUGUCACAAUAGAAGUUCCUUGAUAUUGGUAAACCAAGUUGCCCUUUGUUUUAGAAAUGAUAAUGUCAUCUUUUGAGUGACAUUCAAAAGGAGUAAAAACGGAAACAAAAAAUUAAAAAUUCCACUAUUAUUGACCUAACUUUGCGGAAAAAACUAUUUUUUGCUAUAUUUUGUCAACAAAUUCUUUUAAGUUAGCACCUCAUUUUUGAAUGAAAAGAGCUUUUUGUUGCAAUGUUAUCUACAUGUGGGUAACUUUGGGAAAAAGUUUUUGAUGAAAGGAAAUAAGCGUCUCAGUUAUGACCUAUAAACUACUUUAAAAGACAAAUUUUUCUUCAAGAUCCAAUGACAGUGAUGAAUUGCGGAAAGUGAUCAAGCCUCAUCCAAACUUGGCUCAAAAAUCUUAGCAUGAAAAUAGCUAAAAUUUGGUGAAUACAUUUGGAAAUUUUGAGCUACAGAUGAUUUUUUUUGAAAGAUUUAACCCGCUUCUUAAAUUAAUUUUACCCUGAACUUUCAGAGUUUCAUCAGAAUUUUGAGACUUACUGAUAAUUAAGAGAUAUGCAUGAGAAAUGUAACUGUUCAAAAAUAUUGUGAAAGCAGUGCUAAUUGAAUUUGUUUGUUUGUUGGUCAUCUAAUGAUAGUUUAUCAACAACAGGACAUAGGUUAAUAACAAGAAAAACCAUUAUUAUAAUGCUUUACUUUCAUAGUGACACUUCUUGCUUAUUGGCUUUGGUUAUAGUUAAUUGCAGAAAAUAUAAUUAUUUGUAAAAUUGGCUUGUCUGCAACAUAAUUGAAAAAAAUAUUUUACAUGCACCUUGUACCACUCUCUGUGGUAUGACAUAACUGAUGCAUUGUUCACAUCCCUACAGGACAGUUUAUAUCAUGCAAUCAUGCAAAGAGUCAAUACAUUCAGAGAACUGUUAGGAAUGCCAGAUGUUGAACGCUUCAAUGUUGUACUGUUUGGAGGUAAGCAGCAUGAUUGUACACAUGUAGUAUUUAGUAGCUAGUAAUAUACGUGCAAAAAUUAAGUAUGUCUGAUUGGCUGAAAACAGGUGCAUUUUUCAUGUAACAUGAGUACAAAUUACAAAUGUCAAAAUUAUGUCUGUCUUGACUUUCUAUGACAUUUUUUCUUGUAAUUUAUUCACAAGUAACAACAUGAUUUUGAGUGGAAUUUGGUGUAUAUAAGCACUCAUAAGUUUUUUCAAAGACUACAUUCAUAUUCUUCACACUGCUCUCCUUACUCUUCCUAUGAUACGGACAUGGAGAAUGUGUUUGAGAAUCAGGAGUUUCUUAAGUCAGGGAUCAUUUCCUUCAUUCUCAUGACCUUUACUUAUGAUUCAAGGGUAAUUCUGCAAAGAGAAAUUAGAAGUCAGUCACCCUUGGAGACUAAAGAGUUAAAAAAUGUUCCAUGAAAAUUUUCUGUAGGGUGUUACAUUGCUUCUUAAUUUUUAUAAAUGUCAUAAUCGGCUAUAUUUAUUUAAGCUUAGCUUGGGGAACUUUUAUUUUAUUUUUGUAGGUUUCCUUGGAUCACUGUUUUCUCUUCUUCAGUUUGUCUGUUGUCCUUUGAUUGGUGCAAUGUCAGAUGUUUUUGGAAGGAGACUGCCACUUAUGCUUUGUAUGGUGAGCAAACCCUUUGCCUUCCUUAAAAUAGAAAGGUUUUAGUGGAAAAUUAAAUUGUUAAGCUGAACUUGAAUCUUAAGUGCUUAAUUUAUUAUGGGAAAGACACAAGAUGAUGAAUUUUCCAAAUUUUUCUAUCCUUAUAUGUCCCUUUUUUGUUUCUUUUGGAUUGCUCUUUACAUUUUCUCCCUGAAUUUAGUGCUAAAUUUGACAAGGAUUGCUCAAUCUAACCCCUUUUGAAGAAUACAUUUGUUUAAUUGAUUGGGAAGAAUUGUCUUUCAGGUCAGUUCUCAGGCAUGCAUUGUCUAUUUAUUGUACAGUAAACAAUCCCCCAUUCCCUUCCCCACCCCCCUGCUACUGAAAAGGAAAAUUUUAGAAACUUUUUUUUCUCAAUAUGGAUUUUGUUGUGGAUCAAGGCAAGCAUAAAAUUGUAUUUUAAAGUAACUCAUGCUGCAGGCUUCAUGCAAAAAUUACCUGUGUUUGAUUUACAACUUUUGACACUCAACAUUAGCUGUGGCUUCAGUAUGUCACAAGGUUUAAAAGUUAUUAAAAAUGCUACUACCAACAAUUUUUGGUGUACAAGUGUCAUUAGGUCAAUUGAGACAAUCAGAUGAUGGUUCUAUUCUACAUUUAGUUUUUUUUGUGUAAUUAUAUCAAGUGAUGAUGCAGGAUGUUGGUAAAAAAUUGAUUACUACAUUGUGGAGAAAGACACAACAUAAUUAUUAGAUAUUGUAUGCCUUUAAGAUGAACAUGCUUAUAAAGUAUUUCUUUCUUUUCAUGAUACAAUAUCCUAUGCAUAGUAGUUGACUGUAACACAUUUUAAAAAGUAUCAUGUCUAAUUAUUUCAGGUGGGAGUAUUGGUUUCAUAUGCUGUAUGGGCAUGUUCAUGGAACUUCACCAUCUUUGUGAUAGCCAGGAUCAUCGGCGGUUUGUGUAAAGGGAAUGUGACAAUUUCAACAGCUAUUAUUACUGAUGUAACCACUGUGAAAAAUAGAGGCAAGGGAAUGGUAGGUUGUUCCUUUUUCCAUUCAUGAGGGUAAUAAUAAUUACAUCAUGGAAAAUUUUGCAGAAAGUUGUGACAUUUUAUCAUGAUUUCAUUUUUCUUAGACUUGAGAAAUAGCUGAAACUUAUUUUAAAAUGAUGGAUAAAUGACUAGCUUUUAGUUAACAAUAAUUUGUCUCUACAUUCAGUUUUACAACAUAGUUUUGAAUACAUAGGAUUGAGGUUUGCUUGAAAAGCUGCAAACCUAUUAUUGUUAGUGAUUUAGAGGUUGGAAGCAUUUUUGGGACACUGAAAAGCGAUUUUAUAUUUCAUUCAUUUAAGCCUCAAACAUUGUUAUCUACAUGUACAUAUGUGUGCACAUAGUCAAGGUUCUUUUUUCAAAGAUGUGUUCUAAACUGAAAAAUGUAAUUUACCUUGUUAAGAGUAUUACAAAAAUAUUUUUUCUGGGAUGUUAAGAUUGCUGAAGAUAAGAAGCAGGGAAUGUGGUUGGAGAAUGUUUUUCUAAUUUGUCUCAUUAAUUUUUUUCUAAAGUGUGAAAAGUAUAUACACAGAUUAAAAAAUGUUCUCAUUUUAUGAUUGCAAAAAGUUUAACUGAGGGUAUCAAGGGAGAGUCAGAAAGGAUAAUGUAAACUGACAAUGUUUCUAUCUAACUUUCAUUUGCUUGUCAUAAUUUUUCCUCUGAAUUCUACCUGUCAGUCCUACUGAUGCCCCCACUCUCUUUCCCUGCCAGAAAUUAAUACAGUUAGAUAUGUAUACUUCAUAGAUACAUGUAUUGACAAAGCUUUGUGUUACUAACAGGCUCUUGUGGGGAUUGCAUAUUCCUUUGGAUUCAUUAUUGGACCAGUUGUUGGAGCUGUUUUUGCUAAGAGGUCAUCUCUCGAAAGUGGAAACCCAUAUCUGUUACCAGCUCUGUUUGCCAUCACUUUGACAGUAGCAGAUUUGAUGUUUGUCUAUGUGUGCCUCAGGGAAUCUCUUCCUAAAGAGAAAAGGGUGAUGCAUUUUAUAAAGUUUUUUUACCUUAGUUUCCAUUUUAAAAGUAACAAAAAAUAGAGUUUCAAAACAGUGGAAAAACUUAUGAUUUAGGUGUAAUUGAUUCUAUUGAUUAAAAGAAAGAAGGUAUUGGGAAUGAUACACAUGCCAAGUUUCAAGGUCAGUAAUACUUAGGCUGUACAGGAAGAACGUGAAAGAUAUAUAUUUCAAUUUUAAGUUAAAUUUCAAACUUAAGUUCCCAGUUAGUUUUGAUAAUCUUUAAUAAUCUGAUCUAAAAUUAUAUAUGUAUGUAUGUAUGUAUAUAUUUAUAUAUAUAUAAAUCUGUAAAUCUGUUUCAUGCAUUUUUAUUCCACAGGCUAAGUCUUUGGUUUCUGAAUUUAGAAAUGCCAAUCACCUUAUCAACCCUGUAUCAUUGCUAAAGUUUGAUGCUGUAGAUAUACAAUCCAGUAAAGAAGGUAAAUGACACUACAACAAAAAGUUAUCAAGCAUAGAUCUAAAGGAAAUAAUAAAGAGGAGCCACAGGAUGGAAAACUACCUUUAACUGUAAUAUGAUCUCACACCUUUUAACUUACUAACCAUAAACUUCAACUUGGCUGCACAAAAAUUAAUUGUAUAUAUAAUAUUGGCAACUUGUGUUGAGGUGAUUUUUGAAUAUACUGAGGUACAUGUACAAGCAAGGAAUGGCUCAUGUAAACUCUGUGAGAAAAAUGUGAAAGUACUGUAUGGAGAUGACUUGAAUUCAGUGAGUUUGUUUUAAGUUUCUAAAAAUUAUUUAUUUCUUGGCAUCAACUAUAUUUAAUAUCAUGCUUGGAAGCACAGAUAAGCACUGAGAUCACAGAGGCCUUCAUAUGCAUUAAUGAGCAGAUGCUCCUUCAAUCUUCAUCUCUAAUCAGCAGUUAAACAAACAGGAAGUCAUUGAUCUUAGUUCAGCUAAGUUAGGUCCCUCUUAAUAAUAAACAGCUGAAACAUUGUUUCUAUUAUAGAUUUAAACACAGUUCGUGGCCUUGGACUGGUGUAUUUUCUGUUCCUCUUUUUCUUCUCUGGACUUGAAUUCACAUUAACAUUUUUAACACACAAGAAUUUCAAGUAUUCAAGGUAUGUGAUAGAAACUGAGAAAGUGUUGAAUAUUAUUGAAUAUAUAUCUUGCAUGAAAUUGGAAAGAUACAAUCCCAACUAGAAAGAAAAAUUAACAAUUUGGGCAUGGUUUUGUUUCUCAUAAAGUCUUAUGAGAUUUAAGGAAACUACCUUGGUUCUCAUAAAUAAUUUUUAUUAACUCUUAAGAAAAACAUUUCAGGAGUACUCAUGAGUACUCCAUGAUGUAUGUAGAACUUUUAUUUUUUUAGAUUAUGUUAUUUUUUAAAAAGAAGGUUUACCAUUUUGAUGUACAUGGGAUGAAAAUUUUAAAUCAUGUUGAUCUGCUUUUACAGUAUGCAACAGGGGAUGAUGUUUUUCUUCAUAGGAAUUACUAUGGCACUUGUUCAAGGUAUGCAAAACAGAACACACAAGAUACUGUAUGUUACUGUUAUCCUUAAUGGAUACAAGUGUAAUACAUAUUACAUUGUUAGUUGUAUAAAGCACUAGUCUCAUUUAAUAUUCACCAUGAUACAAUGUAUGUCAGAUAUGCAUUUUGAUUGGUCUUAGAAUUGCUGUGAACUCAAAAAAUGAGCUUAGCAAUUACUUAUUCUUGUGAACUUAAUGAACAUUUCUGUAGAUUGCUCACUUCAUGUAUGAAUGUUCUUUGAAAUGGAAUCUGAAUGAUACAGUUUAAUAGUUGACAGAAGAGGAAUUACUAAGUCCCUUAAAAAUUGUUUGAACCAGUUCAUUUAUAGAUCACUCUCACUAAGUGACAUUUGCUCACUCUGCUUAUGUUCAUUAUUUUUCUGUAAUUAGGUGGUUAUGUCCGCAGACAAACUCCAGGUACAGAAAAGAAAACAGCUCUUAAGGUAAAGCUAUGCCUGGCAAACAGUUAGGGAAAUUGCCUGCUUUCAGUUUCACAAUGAAAUAUAUUUGUUAAUGAGGGAAAUAGCCUGCUUCCACUGUAACAAGGAAAUAAAUUUGUUAGUGAGAGAAAUUGUCUGCUUUCAAUUUCACAAUGAAAUAUAUUUGUUAAUGAGGGAAAUAGUCUGCUUCCACUGUAACAAUGAAAUAAAUAUAAUUUUGUUAGAAAGGAGAGUUGCACUUUCACUUUCAAUGAAAUAAAUUUGUUAACCAGUCUAGAAUGCCUUGAGCUCAAUAUAAAUCUGAUGGUACUUAUGGUUCUCUAAGUCAACAUACACAAGUUAUACAUACAAUCAUGGUAAUAGUGAUUUACUCUUCUCCUUUUAUGUUUGUUUGUUGACAUGCAGGGUAUGGCAGCCAUCAUGCCUGCAAUGGUCAUUGUUGGUUUGGCAAAGACCAUUACCACACUUUACGUGGGGCUCACACUGUUUGCAUUUGGUAUGUUCUUUUUAAUUUUUAUUAAUGUUGUGGUCCUCAUAUAAUUCCAACUUGGUUCUAAGAGGAAAACUGAGUAUCACAAAAAGAUAUAAUAAGUAUAUAUUUAUGUCAGUAACAUUUUACCGCACUACUGGUUAAUUUUAGUCUAUUUAACUGAUCUCCUGGAUGGAUGUCCUGUGGCCAUCACAAUGAUAAUAAAUCAGUUCCUUCCAUUGUCCCACUUCAUUAUCUGACUGUAUCUGCAAAGUCAUUCAUACGAAUUUCAGAGGAAGUAUAAGGUAGUUUUCUUCAUAUUUUUUCAGGUUCAGCAACAGUGGUACCAUGUUUGACAACCAUGAUUUCCCAUCAUGGUGAGGAAAAAUUUCCCUCCUUCAGUGCUUUGAUUUCAUUGUUAACUGAUAUUAGUGUUGGUGUUUGAAAAAAUUUGAAAUCUAUUUCAAGGUAAUGCUGACCAAAAAGGAAAAAUCAUGGGGAUAUUCAGGUCUCUUGGAGCAUUUGCUCGAGCCAUUGGCCCCUUUGUGAGUUGUACAGGUAUGUAAUUGCACCUUCACUUUUUCUUUUUUUUAGGUCAAUUUGUUCCCUGGUUUGUUUUUGUAUUGUAUUUAUCAUUCAAUUUUUAGGUACAAUUGGUUUCCUGUCUUGUGUUUUUUAGUCUACUGGAGUGUGGGGCCCUUUUGGUGUUACUUCGUUGGUGCCCUGCUGUUUAUGAUCCCCAUGCGGAUUUUGGUGAAGCUGCCUGCUUGAAUGGGUUUCCAGGGAAGAAAAUGAAUCGAAGAGAUCAGUUGAAUAAGUUUAAUUUGUAAAUUGGGAAAUCCAUUUAAGGGAAAGGGUCAAAGGUUUUUGUAGAUUUCAUUUAAACACAGAUUACAGUUAAACUCCAAUGUAACGGGGAUCUCAUUCUUACCAACGAUUUGAUGUUUAAGGUAGUGAAAUUCAUUGGAAAGUAACAUUUAGGUUAGCGUUAGGGGCUCCACUCUUUCUCAGUUUAGCAAGAACAGGGAGUAACUGCAGAAUACCUUGCCACUUUGGUCCACCUCAUUUAGAUGUGUUGUGAGGCUUUGGAGAACGAGGCUCAACACAGUAGACGCUAUUCAAUGACAUGUAAAUGAGCGGCAGGGUAUUGUGCAGUUUAGCCAAGAACAGGUUUAAAUUCACUAUUUGAGUCUCAUUUGCAUCAAAUAUAUAUAAAAUUAUCGAGAGGCAAAUUUGGAAAUGCGUGAGUUAUUCUGUUUGUUGUCCAACCUGUGAUGAAUUAUUGAUUUCUUUAUCUUGGAGAUGCACCUUAAUUCUGUUCACAGCUGACUAAUUUUCACAAUAUAUGUAUUUUAAAAUGAAUUAAAGGUUAUAAAGAUAAAAGCAAAUCUAAAAGAGUAGAGCAUGCGUGCCAGGUGGGAUGUGGCGCGGAAGAGACACCCAGAACAGCUGGCUUCCGGCAUUAGGAUAGUAAGACCUCUUGAAUUGUGAACUUAGGUGAUCAAAAAAUUUCGUUGUCCUUGUAAGAAAAUAUUUUUAUACAAAUGUAAUGGCAAAAACAUGCCUUUAACAAUAUUUAACCUGUACCGAGACUAAAUUGGUGCAGUCUUUAUAUUCAGUACGAUUUUGUUGUUUAAAAAUAAAUAAGUAAUUUUUAAACCUUCAAUCGAAAUCUCAUGAUGUUAUCAUUGUUCUUGUCAUGGGGUUGAACAUGUGCCAUUCUUGGCUCAUAUCUUGGAAUGAUAAUUUCUUCAUUUAAAAAUUGAUUGUUUUAGCCGCAAACGCCAACUUUCCCUGGA